CGCCUCUCUCCUACCCACUUCUAGGAUAGUAGCUCCUCGCCGGGUGCAAGGGCUGCUGGGAGCGAGCCUCUGGGGUCUCGGGGAGGGGGCGCCGGGCGGCCGCCAUUUUGGAUUGCGAACCCGUCAGUCGAGCUUUUUGCCUGGGGAACAAGGGCAGCUGCAGUCGGCUAGGGCGUCAGUAACGACAUAACGAGUAGCCGAGCGUGGAACCUGGCCUUUCGAUGGAUGCCAUGGCAAGCCCAGGGAAAGAUAACUAUAGAAUGAAAAGUUACAAGAAUAAAGCAUUAAAUCCUCAAGAAAUGCGUAGACGAAGAGAAGAAGAAGGAAUUCAGCUUCGAAAACAAAAAAGGGAAGAACAGUUAUUCAAACGUAGAAAUGUCUCCCUUCCAGCAAAUGAUGACUCUAUGCUUGAAAGUCCUAUCCAAGAUCCAGAUAUCAGCUCUACAGUACCAGUUCCUGAGGAGGAAGUUAUUACUGUUGAUAUGGUACAAAUGAUUUUCUCCGAUGAUGCUGACCAACAGCUUACAGCAACACAGAAGUUUCGAAAGCUGCUUUCUAAAGAACCUAAUCCACCUAUUGAUGAAGUUAUACAAAAGCCAGGAGUUGUACAAAGAUUUGUGAAGUUUCUUGAAAGAAAUGAAAACUGUACUUUACAGUUUGAAGCUGCAUGGGCCUUAACUAAUAUAGCAUCUGGAACCUUUCUUCACACCAAGGUGGUAAUUGAAACUGGAGCUGUUCCAAUUUUUAUCAAACUCCUCAAUUCGGAACAUGAAGAUGUUCAGGAACAGGCAGUAUGGGCACUUGGUAAUAUUGCUGGUGACAAUGCAGAAUGCAGAGACUUUGUUCUGAAUUGUGGAAUACUCCCCCCUCUCUUAGAAUUACUGACAAAUUCAAACAGACUCACGACAACUCGAAAUGCUGUAUGGGCUCUUUCAAAUUUAUGUAGAGGCAAGAAUCCACCUCCAGAUUUCAGCAAGGUAUCGCCUUGCUUAAAUGUUCUAUCAAGGUUACUAUUUAGCAGUGACCCAGAUGUAUUAGCAGAUGCUUGUUGGGCCCUUUCUUAUCUUUCUGAUGGACCCAAUGACAAAAUCCAAGCAGUCAUUGACUCUGGAGUCUGUCGAAGACUGGUAGAACUUUUGAUGCACAAUGAUUACAAAGUGGUAUCACCUGCAUUAAGAGCAGUUGGUAAUAUUGUGACAGGUGAUGACAUUCAAACACAGGUAAUUCUGAAUUGCUCUGCAUUACCUUGCCUUUUACACUUACUGAGUAGUCCAAAAGAAUCAAUUAGAAAAGAGGCUUGUUGGACUGUUUCUAACAUCACUGCAGGAAAUAGAGCACAGAUUCAGGCUGUCAUAGAUGCAAAUAUAUUUCCUGUUUUGAUUGAAAUUCUUCAGAAAGCUGAAUUUCGUACCAGAAAAGAGGCAGCAUGGGCUAUAACCAAUGCAACAUCUGGAGGUACUCCAGAACAGAUACGGUAUCUGGUAGCAUUAGGUUGUAUUAAACCUCUUUGUGACCUUUUGACUGUGAUGGAUUCCAAAAUAGUCCAGGUGGCUUUAAAUGGUCUUGAAAAUAUUUUACGCCUUGGGGAGCAAGAAGCUAGACAAAAUGGAAUGGGCAUCAAUCCAUACUGUGCUCUCAUUGAAGAAGCAUAUGGUCUGGAUAAAAUUGAGUUUCUUCAAAGCCACGAAAAUCAAGAGAUCUACCAAAAAGCUUUUGAUCUUAUUGAACACUACUUUGGUGUGGAAGAUGAGGAUGCCAACAUUGUCCCGCAGGUGGAUGAAAACCAGCAGCAAUUUGUUUUUCAACAGCAGGAAGCACCAAUGGAAGGAUUUCAGUUAUAAAUAACUAAGUGAAAAGAAAUAUGUUAUUAAAUGUUAGCUUCGCAUAGCUCCUCUUUUUGGCCAGUCAGAAAGUUUGAUGUGGUUUUGGAGAGGGCAAAAAAAAGAAGCAGCUGAUGCACUUUUUAAAAAAAAACAAAAAGAAUUCUGUUUAGAUGUACCUCUCUUCAUUUAUAGCUUUUGUCUUUUGUAUUUAUAUAUUUUAUUGUUAGAUUUUUUUUUUUGUAACUGACUUGUGAGUUAAGUGUUCAUUAAACAUAUAAUUUAAUAACUUGAGCUUGAAAGGGAGAACCUUAGUAAAGUAUUAAUUAAAUAGUGGUUCUGAAUUUUUCAGGCAUUCUUUGAAACUGCUUAUCAGCAGUAACAGCUGUUGAUGAUUGCAUUUUGACAGUAAGUCUGACAUGCCCAGUUUCUUAAAUCUACCUCUGUUCUGAAGCAAAAAGUGUCAUUGCUUCAGAGCAAAAGCAUAAAAUAAAAGACAAACUAGUCAAAGCUGAAUUAGAAUGUGAAAAUAUUUAUUACUUUAAAUUGUUAAACACUGUGUUGUACAUUAUACUUUGCAGGAAAAAAACCGUGAACUCUAUUUAUGAAAAAAAUUUAAAAAAUAUCAUGUGCUGAAAAACAGACUUGUCUUUAAAAGAUGGCAGUUUAGGAAAAGAAGAGCUAUUCUGGUUUAUGUUGAGCAUACACUACAAUGUUUGCUUUUCUUGAAUUAUUUACUUAUUUCUUUUGGAAUAUAUACAAUGUUCACAGAAUCUCAGAUUCUAUUAGUGUGACUGACCAAAUAUGCUGCCAUUUUUUUGCUGCUUUUUCCCCUUACUUAAUUUUAGACUGUAGUACAUCAUGACAGAUGUUUAGUUAUGAAUGUAAAGUACAGCUGCAUAGCAAAAACAGUACAAUAAUUAUUUCUCUGAUUUUUGUCAGAACAGUAAUAGAAAAGUUGUGCUUUUCUUUGUAAUAAUUAAACUACUUGAAUGCCAAAAUUAUUUUAAAGAAGUCAAAUUAUUCUAUAUUAACUUUGAAAAAUGUGUUUAAUGUUAUUUGGGCACUAAAUGACCAAUAUCAAUGAGAAAUGCUAAGGAUUCUUGACUGUGUUUGAAAUCUAUAUUAGAUUUUAUGGUAUAAUACUCAAAUGAUCAACACUGCUGCUUGAUGUAUAUGUUAGAUAACUUAAUGAUUCAGUGUUUCAAAUUACUUAUCAUUUUAAGCCAUGUUUCAAGUCAGAUUUCAUGUAUUGAAGUUAAAAGAAAAAACCUUCGAAAUAUAAAACAAAUAAAAUCAUGCAUUAUUUACUUUGUGAAAAGUGUUCUUCCCUUGGUACUGUGCUUGAUAGAAAUUUAAAGCAGAUGUAGUACAAUUGAAUUCAUUUUUUAUUUAUAAGUACUUUAUAGUAGUCAGCUGUUUGCAUUUCCAAUUAAUAUCUACCUAUAAUGUUUUUAAAUGUACUUUACAGCUGUUUUAAGAUGGUAUUUGAUGCAAUUUUGAUAAGAUUCUUAGUCAUUUCAGAGUACUAUACAGAAAGAUUUGAUUUGAUAUGUAGCAACAUUUACAGUUUGAUUCUGCUGAAAAUCAGGCAUGUUACAGGACAAAAAUGUUUCAUGGGAGUGCUAUUAAUACUUUGUAAAUUACAAAUAAUGAAACUGAGCUUUUUAGCAGGACAUUUAAAACUUAAUACACAAAAUAUAUGUGGGGGGAAUAGGAGAUGGAAGGGUGAUGACAUGUCCAUAAAAUUAUAAUACAUCUGCCAAACUUUUUUAAUAAUGUUAUUUAGAGAAUUGUAUUUGUGUCCUUUUUUGUUAUGGUGGAAAUCUGAGGUUUAGUACAAAAAGUAUCUCUUUUGCAUUAUAUAUAUUAUAUAUAUAUUCAAAAGAACAGGGUGAUGACAUUAAAGAGUACCAAAUUAAUGAUGAAUUCAUCAGAUAAAAACAUUCUUUUGUUAUUAAAGCAGUUCUGAAUAUCAGGUAACAGGGUAUUCCACUGUUUCUAACUUAUUUUGAUAAUGUUGCAUGCAGCAUAAUACAUAAGUAAAAUAACCAGCUGUGCCUGCUUUUAUUUUGAGGACCCUGUAGACACUGUAAUACACCUCUCUAAGCCAAAUCUUUCAAGCAGAAUAAUCCUUAUUGAAGGAAAAAAAAAUGUGUAAUGAAUUUCUUGAGGGGGUUUUUACUUUCUGCAGGUAAAUACAGAAAAGUUUCUGAGCAGUGAAGUGACUGAACUUUACACAUUUCAAUACAAACCCUUUAGUCCUUGGAUCUCUUGUUUGAGUAGCAUAGCUAAUUUGUUUGGAUUUGGAUUCAUUGUGUUAAUUUGAAUAAAAGGGGCACUAUCUAGUAGUUUGGGACCAAAGUUUGAACUAUAUUAAAAAGUAUUAAUAAUGAGCUCUAUAGGUUAAGGACACAAGCAUCUUAAAUAUACCACUAUGUCAUAGAAAUUUUGAAAAGGUGGCCUCUUUCACAAGUUUACAUUUUAAAAUGCCUAGAUCAAUGGCGUCAUUCAUCUUCAGUGAUCUUUGUGGGGGGAAAAAUUGUACCAGUCUUAUUUUCCUCAAGUUUAUGAGAGAUGAAAAAGGUGAAAUGCUUUGCCAAAUGAAUUUUUAGAGAGUAUUGAAAUUAUUUUAAGUCUUUUUAAAGGGCAUGCAUACUUGGAAAAUGAAACAAACCAAAAAUCAGGCAAAAGUACUUGAAAGUGCCCCUUUUUAUUCAUUUGAUCAAGUAUACUGUUCUGUCUGAAUUUGAAUUUUGACUAGUUAAUCUAUGCAAUUAUGCAAAUUGGCUUCUGUUUCCUUAUAUACUUGACUCACUGAUCAUAACUAGUUUUCUACUAAAGUUUUUCAUUAUUACAUUUGUUUCCUUUUAAGAAUUAAUAUUACUAUUUAAUUUUGUAGUACCAUAUUUUAUUUUAUACACUGUUGCUGAUAGCAACCAGAAAGCAAAAAAAAAAAAUUGUAUUAAAAAUGUUGGCACAAAACGUAACUCAUCUUUAACUGUAAAACAUUAGCAGUUGGAAAAUGAUCUGUUUGGUUAGAUGAGGGACUAAAAGAAGCACUACUCCUUUUCCUUCAUGCUAUUUCUUUUCUCAUUUAAGAAUAAACACUUAGGGUAAAAAAUGACAGAUUUAGUGUGAUUUAAAACAAAUUCAACAAAUCUUUAAAAUACUGCUUACUUGUGAAACUGUGAAAUUGAAAUAAACAUCGGUACUGUUAGCAAAAUAACCUUUCCUUGUUUUAGUUCAUUGCAUUCUUGUUUUAUGUAAUAUGUGAAGAUAAAAAGCCUGUAUUAUAGGGCUUUAAGGGGAUAGUGCAUCUUUAAAUCCUGAUUUGGGAGUGGGAUGGGGGUGGGAAGAGGUAAGGGUAGUACAUGUAACUAAACCAACACAUGAGCAGUAUGCAAUAUUAUGGAAUGUUACAACACAUUACUUAUUAAAAUAAUAAAAAUAUUAUUUUAUA